CCUACACGCCAUGAUGCGAUAUUCGUCCGUUCUUGUAAAUAUCUCUGACUCUAGCCCUCCUCCAGCUCAGCCGAUCCUCCACGGAUUUCACCCCAUGCGCGAUCUUGCAUAUGCUCCGUCCCCAACCGGCCUGGUCUCCGAAAUUCGAACACCAUGGGAAUACUCGACGUGCAGUUGACAGCUCCGGAUACUCACUUGAUCCUGGUGGAGGGCCAUGGAGAAUGUUACGCUCCCCCGAUAGUAGGGUCGGUGGCCAUCACAGUACCAACUCCAAGCGCCCAGUCCCCGGAUGACUACACGGUCAACAUCGGGCUCACUCGAGCCGUGGGACUCAAGAAACAGCAGCCCGCCUCAUUUCCCGACAAGAAUGAUAUCCUGCUUCAGAGGCUCCUACGAAGACGCUCGUUUCGAAAGCAACCCCAUCAUCCAUGUGAGCCCGCGGUAUGUGCCAAUGUAAAGACCCUUAUGCAGUGUAAUCUCUGGCACGCGCCGGAAAAGAUCGAGCACAAUCAAGACUACGGUACCACGACCUUGAAAUUCACCUUUGCGAUCCCGCUUCCCAUCAGCCUCCCAGCAACGACAGAGACUAUGCUGGGGAACAUCUCCUACGCGAUCAAAGCUACGGUUAGCUCGGCCUCUAGAAAGUUGAUAGAUACGAUACGGCCGAUUCGAAUCCAACGGCGCCUCGUCCCACAACAGGCCGAAACUUUAUGCCAGCUGCGAGGCUUUUCCGGCGAAAAUUUCACGACCGAGCUGCGAAUCACGCCACAAGAGUCUUUGGACCCCAGCCUCAAGGGCGCCUACUCUGUGGAGCUAGCCGCCUAUCGAACCGUUACGCAGGGGGUGAGAAAAACGGAGGUUAAACAUGUGGUAAUAAAAGAGCUCAAGUGGAGAGUUGAAGAGACGAUCAAGGGGCCAUAUCUCUCGAGUCAAGAGGACAACGGGGAUGCUGGGAUUCACCGUCAGAGUCAACACGCGCGUCAACUGUGCGAAGGAAGGCGGACGGGGAAUUGGAAGGCAAUGAAUUGUUUAUCAGGGGCGACAGAGAAGGGAGAUCGGAUCGUGAUUCCAUUCGAAGUCAUCAUACCCCGGAGUGCAGACGCGACAGAUGAGUUGGAAAACUGCGAAGAAGCUGCCGGACUCACGGUCAAGCACCAACUGAGACUGGACAUGGUCACCGGUGAGGACACUUUUGACCAGGCCACAGGGAGGCUGGUGGAUCGCCGACCUCGAACGAAAUCUUUUGUUGCGUUCUUUGCACUUCCGAUUCUUGAGUUUGCUUCCAGGAACGACGUCGCAUGCGCCACUUUCCCUGCCAGUAAUCUGCCGAAAUAUGAAGAAUCAGCCGAGCCUCCCAAUUAUGACGUUGUGAGGUGACGAUUUGUCUUGUGCAUGUAUAUAGUAGUUUCUCUGAUGCAUAUAUUGAUAGAACCAG